AUGCCAGGCCUUGGACCGGUGUUUUUAGAGGCUUGCAUGUGCGGUAUUGCAUCUUCAUCUUCUCCUCAGCCUGAGGAUUGCGGCAUUAGGAAGAGCUUUGCGUAUCAGAAGCUGCCUCAGCAGCUUCUCAGGCUGUCUGUCCUCAAACUGGAUGGUUCUUGUUUCGAGAUCCAAGUUCCCAAGGGUGCCUCCAUUGCAGAACUGAAAGAGGCAGUGGUGAAGGCCUUUGGACAGACUCAAGAGGAGGAACAAACUAAGAUAUCAUGGUCGCUUGUGUGGCUUCAUUUUUGCUUGUGUUAUAAAAGAUGGAAGCUCUUUGAUGACAAGAUGUAUAUUCGAGAUUUUCGGAUCAAGGACGGGGAUCAGCUCCAAUUUGUCCGCCACUUGUCAGUUAACUACAACCUGGAUAUGGAAGAUUAA